UGCUUCUUGAAAUCUUUUAACAGACUUCAACAGACCUCACCAAAAUGCCAUCUCAAAUGGAACAUGCCAUGGAAACCAUGAUGUUUACAUUUCACAAAUUUGCCGGGGAUAAAGGCUACUUAACAAAGGAUGACCUGAGAGUACUCAUGGAAAAGGAGUUCCCUGGAUUUUUGGAAAAUCAGAAAGACCCUCUGGCCUUGGACAAAAUAAUGAAGGACCUGGACCAGUGCCGGGACGGCAAAGUGGGCUUCCAGAGCUUCUUUUCC